AUGAAAUCUGAAUUUUUGGUCACUUUAUUACAAUUUAUUCUGAAUGUUGUAUUUGGAGAUGAUUCAGGUAAAUUUGGGUAUUACAAAGAUUUAACUCAACCGAAUAUAAUUAAAAAGCAGGAACUAAACAACAAAGAAUUAAAUACUGGCUAUUAUGAUGAUAGUUAUGGAGGUUAUUCUCAAGAUUUAACUGAAAAGUGGAGUGAACAAAAAAAAAGUAUUGGUGAAGGAUACUGGCAAGUACUCGGAGAAGAAGAGAUCGAGUUACAUAGUUCAAAUGAAAUACAAAAUAUCUCAUAUAAGGGAAUUGAUUUCAUAUCUUCUUUUAAAAAAAAUGUUUCAUCUAGAAAAAUUGCUAAUGUAUCUGAGGUUUGCUCUACAGUACAAGUUAUGUCAUUCUGGCACUUUGUAAACGAUAUAAUUGACUCUAUACAUAAUCAGCUUAAGGGAACUAUUGAAGAUUACAAACAAGUGAAUAAUCAAGGAAUUUACUCUGCUAAUAUUAAUAAUUUUAAGGAAUCACUUGAAGAUACUAAAGAACAAAGUAAAGAUAUUACAACAAGUUCACAGAUGUUUAGUAAUUGUAAAAAAAACCAAGAUAAAUCAGUGAAAAUGAGUAGAACUAAGAAUAACAUAAAUAUGCAAUCAAAAUGGUGUAAUCAAGUACAUAAGAACAAAACAUCUACUAGAAAGAAAGAUAAAUCUGAAUUUAAACAUGAAUGUACUGUUUCAAGUGAACCCAAUGCUCUAAGGAAUUGUGGAUAUUUUGGAAAACAAAGCUACUAUGUACUAUCAAAUACUAAGUAA